GUGCAGGCUUGCACGGCUGCUCUGCCAGCACCGCUGCUCUGCCAAUUCAGUCCGUUUGACUAUCGUUGUAUCGUGACCGGUUUCGUUACUUGUGCAUUAGUACGCAACACCUACAGAGAGCAUCAGCCUUAGCUCUAAGUAGAGAGCAUCACACUCAUACGGCACUAAAUCGACUGCAAGAGAUAGAGAUGGGGAAUAUGCCGCGCCGCAACCACCUCACACUAGCAGCGCUGGCGCUUCCAAUAAUCUGCGCACUGCGGCCGCCGGCACCAACGACCGCCACGACGUGCCGGCGGUCCACCACCGUCACAGAGACGGAGCGAAGGAUGGGGGAGUCCGCCACCGUCGCCGGAGACACAAUACAAACAAUGGAGCGCGACGGCUUCGCCGUGCUCGAGACGACGCUCCUCGCGCCACACAUUUUAAAUGAGGCGCGCGACUUCGUCCUCGCGCGCCAUUCUACGUUGAUCGAGGCUGCAUCGAAGCGCGGCGCCGAUCUCGACCGCCUCGACUUCUACGAGAUUGCCAGUAGGAAUCCCGGUCGCUUCGACCUGCGGUUGGAUGAAGAGAAGCCCGCGGUCUGGACGACGCUCGAGGAAGCGGUCCUCGACGCUGCCUACAAGCUGCCGCGCGCCGGCACGCGCCCGCCGCGCGUCGAGUACGCCGGCGCCGUCGUGAGCGAGCCCGGCGCGACGGCGCAGAAGCUCCAUGCCGACGGCCCGCCGUCCUCGCAAGGUCUGUACACGGUCUUCGUGCCGCUCGUGGACGUGCCGCAAGAUGGCGACGGCACGGCCUUCUGGCCGGGGUCCCACGCGUCGCCCGAGAAGCUGCGCGCCGCGGCGGCGUUCAACGCGGCGCGGUUCGACGACCUGCCUCCGGAUUUUGAACUGGUGGCGCCGGGCGUGGCGCGCGGGUCGCUCCUCGCCUUCGACUACCGCGUCCUGCACGCGGGCAACCCGUGCGCGCGCCACCGGCCCGUGGCGUACUUCGUCGUCAACACGCGCGACGACGCCGUCGACGACGCGUGGAACUGGGCGUCGGAGCGGCUGUUGCCGCCCGAGGGGGAGUAAUUUUGUGG